AUUGGUUGGAGCCGCACCGAAACACCAAACUAUUUAUAUUAGUCUUUAUACUAAAGCCUUUAGAACCUUUUUAUUUAUUAUGGACGUUAUGGAGAACGUUGUGAGAAGCUUGUUGGGCUCUGAAGAGGAAGAACUUUACAUUCUGGACUGUCUUGCAUAUUUAAUGCUGCUCAUGGCUUUGGGGACGUUUUUCACUUUGCUCUUUGAGAACACACCUUAUGGCAGAUAUACAUCAAGUACAUAUGGAUUUCCUGUUCAUGUUAAAGUGGCUUGGUUUGUUCAAGAGCUACCUGCUUUUCUUCUACCUCUGAGUUUAAUAUUAUGGGCUUCACCCUUGAAGAUAACAGUCCUACCAAACCAGAUACUUCUUGGCAUGUACUUUUGUCACUAUGUCCAAAGGUCUCUCUUAUAUCCGUUUUUAAUCCGAGGUGGAAAGCCCACACCGUUCGCUUCAUUUGCUCUAGCAUUUCUGUUUUGCUUUUAUAAUGGAUAUCUGCAAGUGAGAUACCUGAGCCAGUAUGCAGACUUCCCUCAGGGUUGGGUUUCACAUCCGUGCUUCAUCACAGGCUCCUGUCUAUGGUUUCUGGGAUGGAUAAUUAACCUUCAUUCUGACCACAUCCUGAGGAACCUGCGCAGUCCAGGGGAAACGGGCUACAAGAUACCCAGAGGUGGAGCGUUCGAGUAUGUUUCAGGGGCUAAUUUUCUGGGUGAGAUAGUGGAAUGGGUUGGAUUUGCGCUGGCUGCACACUCAGUCCACAGUUUUGCCUUUGCUUUCUUCACCUUCAUCGUCCUUUCCAACCGAGCCGUCUCCCACCACAAGUGGUAUCUUGAGAAAUUUGAGGAUUACCCCAAAUCAAGGAAAGCUCUGAUUCCAUUUGUAUUCUGAAGAAACUCACAUACAGUGAAGGACAUCCAAACAUUGUUUUACGAACUAUAAGGGAAUUUCUUAUUGCAUUCAAAUAUGAAGCAUUAUUUAUAUAAAAGCACGUGUCAAUGCAGAAUGGCAACAGAGUCAGACCACUGUAAAAUGGAACUGUGCGGGAACGAGUCAUGGAAACAUAAUUAAACCUCAAGGCACAAAGUUUUGCGUCUUGUCUUGCAAACCGAGACCAAAAUAUUAGAGAUGAACUGGCCCGAAAAGGGAAGUUUUAAUAAUUGAUUACAAAUCCUAAAUUCUUUACAGCACGUUACAGACUUUUUUCACAUAUGGUUAAGGAAAAGCCAUAAAAUCUUCAUAUAUAAAAUAGAAUUUUAAGACAAAAAAAAAGCUGUUUUUUAAUUAACUAAAUUUUAAUUCAAAUUAAUUCAUUUUUUAAGAUUAAGUAGUGAGGGUGAAAUAAAGUUUGU